CCGGGCGGGCGGGGAGGAGCGGCGGGAGCGGCGCGGCCGGAGCGGCACGGCGGGGAGCGCGGCGGAGAGGAGCGGAGCGGAGCGGAGGGGCCGGGCCGCCCUGCCCUGCCGAGGAGGGAGCUCACCAUGGCCCUGGCAGAGCCCGCGAGCUGUGCUAAAGGCAGCGAGGACAGCAACCCCUUCCCUGACAUCAUCGAGCUGAACGUGGGGGGACAGGUGUACAUCACCCGGCACCCCACGCUGGUCAGCGUGCCCGGCUCGCUGCUCUGGGAGAUGUUCACCCAGAAGAGCGCGCGCUCGCUGGCCCGCGACAGCAAGGGCCGCUUCUUCGUGGACCGGGACGGGUUCCUGUUCCGCUACAUCCUGGACUACAUGAGGGACCGGCAGCUGGUGCUGCCCGAGCACUUCCCGGAGCGCGGCCGGCUGCAGCGCGAGGCCGAGUACUUCAUGCUGCCCGAGCUGGUGAAGCUGCUGGUGCCCAAGCUCAGCGAGCAGAACUCCCUGGGCGACGAUCCCUGCCAGAGCGACCCCGAGGAGCCGUCCCCCGGCGCGGACACCGCGCGCAGCCUGAGCUCGGCCGCCGCCGCCGCGCCGCCCGGCGCCGCUGGCACCGAGGGCCGCCGGGCAGGCUUCAUCACCAUCGGCUACCGCGGCUCCUACACGCUGGGCAGGGACAGCCAGACGGACGCCAAGUUCCGCAGGGUGGCCCGGAUCAUGGUGUGCGGCAAGACCUCGCUGGCCAAGGAGGUCUUUGGGGACACCUUGAACGAGAGCAGGGACCCGGACAGGCCCCCGGAGAGGUACACGUCCAGGUACUACCUCAAAUUCACCUUCCUGGAGCAAGCCUUUGACAAACUGGCCGAUGCCGGCUUCCACAUGGUGGCCUGCAACUCCACGGGCACCUGUGCCUUCGCCCACGAGCAGACGGACGACAGGAUCUGGACCUCUUACACCGAAUAUGUUUUCUAUCGUGAGUGACACAAAACCAACCCUCCGCCAACCAACCACUGACUGUCCCUUUCCCGUCCCAUGCUGGCUGUGGCCUAGAAGGUAGAGAUCCAUCCCCGAAUCCCGGCGUCCUCCCUUUGCCUCCUUUUCAGUUGGUUCUUGGGUUUUUUCCCUCCUCCUUGCUCCACGUUGAACCUGCCCAGCUCUUCCUUGUAGCAGCUGCUGACCACCAACCUUUCUCCCUCUCUGUGACUUCUGCGGUCGCUCCCAACCCUCCCUGGAUGCGUGGACUCGGACAAUGCUGUGGAUGUGGGCUGGGUGGGAGGGGUGGGACACGCUGGACACUGCUCUGGGCUGGCAUUCCUGCAGCUGGAUAGGCUUGGACACUGGACUGGGCUCUCUGUCCUGUGCAGCUCCACGGGAUCCUGCUGCACACUCCAGGACCUGCCAAGGGGGUUCAGAGAGGAACCCUUGGGAUAAAGACAUGGGAAAGGUGGGAAGCAGAGCCAGGGAGGGGGUGGGGGUUGGGAAGUGGCAGCCUGGCAGCACGGCUGGAUUGGCAGGAGCCUGUAAGCAGCUUAGCCUGAGGCUGGCAGCGCUUGGGAAGGGGAGAGGCUCCCCCUGUGCUCGCAGCUCUGAGCUGAGCUAUCGCCACGGCUCCGGGAUGCCUCGGGCGGG